AUGCCUUCGGGAACAGGAAAGACGGUCUCGCUCCUCUCCCUCAUCGUCGCCUAUCAGCAACACAUGCCCGAGAAGCGGAAGCUCAUCUACUGCUCGCGGACCAUGUCAGAGAUUGAAAAGGCCCUCGUUGAGUUGAAGGAGUUGAUGAAGUACCGCGCCGACCAGCUUGGGUACGAAGAAGACUUCCGUGGCCUCGGUCUCACUAGCCGGAAAAACUUGUGCCUCCACCCCUCGGUCAAGCGCGAAAAGAGCGGCUCCGUUGUCGAUGCCCGGUGCAGGAGCUUGACUGCUGGCUUCGUCAAGGAAAAGAAGGAUCGCGGCGAGAGCGUCGACCUCUGCGUCUACCAUGAUAACCUGGACCUGCUAGAACCUCACAAUUUGAUACCCAACGGGGUAUGGACCUUUGACGGUAUUCUGCGCUAUGGCGAGGAGCAUAAGCAGUGUCCAUACUUCACUGCGCGCCGAAUGAUGCAAUACUGCAAUGUCGUCAUUUUCUCGUAUCACUACCUGCUCGAUCCGAAGAUUGCCGAGCGGGUUUCCCGAGACUUCUCUAAAGACUGCAUCGUGGUCUUCGACGAGGCGCACAACAUUGACAACGUUUGCAUCGAAUCGCUGAGCACUGAUAUCACCGAAGACUCUCUAAGAAGAGCCACCCGUGGUGCGCAAAAUCUGGAGCAGAAAAUCUCAGACAUGCGAGAUACGGAUCAAGAGCAGCUUCAAAACGAGUACCAGAAGCUAGUCCAGGGCCUCCGCGAGGCAGACGAAGCGCGUCAGGAGGACGCUUUUAUGUCAAAUCCAGUUCUGCCCGAGGACCUUCUGAAGGAAGCUGUGCCAGGCAACAUCAGGCGAGCAGAACACUUCGUUGCAUUCCUCAAGAGGUUCAUUGAGUAUCUCAAGACUCGCAUGAAAGUGCGCCAGGUCAUUUCAGAGACACCGCCCUCUUUCUUGGCGCACCUUAAAGAGCACACUUUCAUCGAAAAAAAACCGCUCAGGUUCUGCGCCGAGCGCCUGACAUCGCUCGUGCGAACCUUGGAACUCACAAACAUUGAGGACUACCAACCUCUCCAAGAAGUCGCCACCUUUGCCACACUCGUCGCUACGUACGAGAAAGGGUUUCUGCUCAUUCUCGAACCUUACGAGUCCGACACUGCCGAGGUUCCCAACCCCAUUCUGCAUUUCACUUGCCUGGAUGCGGCGAUUGCUAUUCGUCCAGUAUUCGAGAGAUUCUACUCAGUGAUCAUCACGUCGGGUACUAUUUCUCCGCUGGAGAUGUAUCCAAAGAUGUUGGACUUCUCCACCGUCAUUCAGGAGUCGUACAGCAUGACCCUGGCCCGGCGGUCCUUCUUGCCCAUGAUUGUGACUCGAGGCAGCGACCAGGCCUCCGUGUCGACUAGUUUCCAGGUCCGAAACGAACCGAGCGUGGUACGGAACUAUGGCACUCUUUUGACCGAGUUCGCCAAAAUCACACCUGAUGGCUUGGUUGUCUUCUUCCCUUCUUACCUGUAUAUGGAGUCCAUCAUCAGCAUGUGGCAGGGCAUGGGCAUCCUAGACGAGGUCUGGAAAUACAAGCUCAUCCUGGUCGAAACGCCCGAUGCGCAGGAGACUUCGCUGGCGCUUGAGACGUAUCGGACCGCCUGCUGCAAUGGCAGAGGCGCGAUCCUGCUUUGUGUCGCGCGAGGAAAGGUCUCGGAGGGAAUCGACUUCGACCACCAGUACGGCCGUACCGUGCUUUGCAUAGGUGUGCCUUUUCAGUAUACCGAGUCACGCAUCUUGAAGGCAAGGCUCGAGUUCCUGAGAGAGACGUAUCGCAUCAAGGAAAACGACUUCCUGUCCUUUGACGCAAUGCGCCACGCUGCCCAAUGCCUGGGUCGAGUGCUGCGAGGCAAGGACGACUACGGUAUCAUGGUUCUUGCCGACCGUCGGUUCCAAAAGAAACGGAGCCAGCUGCCCAAGUGGAUCAACCAGGGUCUUCUCGACGCUGACGUCAACUUGAGCACCGAUAUGGCCGUGAGCAGCGCGCGGAGAUUCCUCCGCACCAUGGCGCAGCCCUUCCGCGCCAAAGACCAGGAGGGAAUCAGCACCUGGGGCUACGAAGACCUCAGAGAACACAAAGAAAAGAUGGACGUGGAGAGAAAGCGUGAAGAGGAAGAAGCGCGGCGCAAUGUGACCGUCAAGGACCUCGCCGCAAUGAGCACUUAUGAAUACGAUGACGAAGAGCUGGAUCAGGAAAUGAUGGAGUUGGAUGGCUUUUAA